AUGAUUUUAUUAAUUUUAUUAUUGUUUACAUGUAUUUCUACAGAAUGGGCAAAAUUAGCACCUGAAAUAUUGUAUAAAAAAUCAUUAGAUAAGUACGAAAGAAUGCUCUAUCCAUCAUCAUGUGAAUUUAUUGAACCAAAUGAUAUAGAAAAUGAUUGUAAUACAAAUAUUAUAUUUGCAGUUGAUGCUUCAAAUGAAGCAUUAUUUCCAUUACUUUUUGACAUGGAAAUUAAUGUAAUUCAAAAUCAUAUUGCUUCAGCCUCAUUAGAUUAUAAAAAAGUUUCUUUAUCAUGGUAUAAUAAAAAUGUUACUACAAUUCCAUUUAAUAUAUUUAAUGUAAAAAGUGAUUUUGAUAAUGCACUUUUAAAUAUUUCAUUAAAUAAUGGAUCAUCAUUAAGUAACUUGUUAUAUAAUUUAAAUAAAUUAGAACCAUCUAAUUGUAAUCCUAUUUCAACUUAUAUAUUUGUAUCAUAUAUUAAUCCACAAGAUUUGAUGAAUUCUAUUGAAAAUUCAAAAAAUUUAAAAAAUAAAGGAAGUUUGAACUUUAUUAUUUUAGGUAAUAUAAUUAGUCGAAAUGAUUUAGAACAUUUAAAUCCUUCAAAUAUAUUUUAUUGGGAUUUUUCAUCACAUUGUAUAUCAAAUAUGGUAUCAUUUUUUAAUAAAACAUUAAGUUGUAAUAUUAAUAGAUGCCCUGAAGAAACAACAAUAUCAACUAAUAAUCCAACAACAGUUAAUACAAUUAUAACAACUUCAAAUUCUCAAAGUAAAGAAACUUCUAUAAUUACUACAUCUAAAGUAUCAUCAACAACUAUAUUAACAUCAACUACUACUACUACUAUUACACCUUCUGGAACAUGUAAUAAUAAUAAUAUUGUAAUUGCUAUAGAUUCUUCGACAGAUGUAUUGUCACAAAUUCAAUUUGAGUAUCAAAAAAAUUUAGUUAAAUAUAAUAUAACAAAAGAUUAUAAAAAUUUCAAUUUACUUUCAAUAGCUGGAUAUAGUAAUAUUGUUUCUGAAUUUUUUCCUUACAAUACUAUUCUAGAUCGUCAAACUUUAAUAAAUGAUGUUAAUUUAAUUUCACAAAAUUAUGGAUCAAGUCUUAGUACAGUAAUGAAAAAUUUAAGUAAUAUUGUAGUUACUCCUGGAAAUUUACAGUCUACUUUUAUUUUUAUUUCAUUUACAUCAGAUGAUGAAAUAAAUAAAUCUAUAAUUUAUGCUCAAAAUUUAAGAAAUAAAGGAUCUUUAAAUUUUGUCAUUUUAGGAAACAGUUUAACACAAUCACUACAACCAUUGAAACCAUCAAAUACAUAUAAUUUUUAUUUCUUAGAUAGUAAUAUACCUUCUUUGGUAUCAUGGUUUAAUUCAUCUAUGGCAUGCAAUAAUUAUAAUGUAGCUACAUCAAAAACUACAGAAAGUUCUACAUUAAAAACAACUCCAUCUACUUUAACAACCUUAACUUCAACAUCUACUUUAACAACCUUAACUUCAACAUCUACUUUAACAACCUUAACUUCAUCAUCUAUUUUAUCAACAUUAACUUUACCAUCAACAAUAUCUAGUACAUUUUCAAAUUCAAUUACAACCACCAUAUCUCCAAUUGUUACACAAUCUACCAUUCCUUCAACUUUUGUUACAUCAACAAAUAUUGAAUCAUCCUCUAAACUUUUUACAACUCCAUCUUAUAUAACAACAAAUAUUCCUUCAUCUACAAUAUCAUGUAUUGAUGGGUAUCCUAAAACAUUUUGUGAUGGUCAAAUAAUAUUAGCAUUAGAUGCAUCAGACAAUCUUGAUGAAAAUCAAUUUAAAGAAGAAAUUAAUGCUAUAAAUGAUAACAUAACAUUUGGAUGGAAAAAUUUAGAAAAAAUUGCAUUAACAUGGUAUAAUAACCUUUCAUUUUCUACUCUUACCUUUAGAACAAUUUUUAAUCGUAGUGAGUUAGAAAAAGAUUUACUUGCAAUAAAACAAGAUCAUGGAUUAAAUUUAGCUGAACAUUUAAAAAAACUUAGUAACUUAAAAUUACCAUUAAGUAAAACAUUAUCCACUUUUGUUUUUAUUUCAACAACAACUGAUGAUGAUAUUAAUAAUUCUAUUCAAUAUGCCAAUAUACUUAAAAAUAAAGGAACUCUUAAUUUCAUUAUAUUAAAAACUAUGAAUCCACAAUUAAAUUUAGAAAAAUUAAAUCCUUCAAAUAUAUUUUAUUGGGAUUUCUCUAAAAAUAAUAUUACAAAUUUAGUUGAAUUCUUUAAUUCAUCAAUGAUAUGUGAAAAAAGAUGCGUUAAUACGACAGAAGUACCAUCAACAAUAAGUUAUGGAACUGAUAUAACUACUGUUUCUGGAUAUUCAAUUUCAUCAAUAUUAACUUCAACAAAUAAUUAUGAAUCAACAACUAAUUAUGAGACUGAUUUAACUACUGUUUCAGGAUCUUCAAUUUCAUCAACUUUAACAAUAAACUAUGAAACAGGUUCAACCUCUGCUUCAGAAUUUUCUACCUCUCCAACAUUAACACCAACAAAUAGUCAUGAAUCAACAAUAAAUUAUGGAACUGCAUCAACUUUUGCCUCAGGAUCUUCCAUUUCUCCAACAUUAACUUCAAAAAAUAGUUAUGAAACUACAAGUAUCCAAACAACAUCUUCUUUACCAAUACAACCAACAUGUAAUGAUGAUGUAUUUUUCGUAAUUGAUGCAAGAUCUGGUGAAGCUAAAAAUCAAUUUAAUGACCAAUUAUUUAAAAUAAAAAAUAUAACUAGUGAUUGGGAUAUAUCAAAAAAUUAUGCAUCAAUUGAUGUAAAUUCAGUUUACGAAUUUUUGAUUUUUAUGACUUAUCCAAAUCAACCAAAGCAAGAAUUAACACUUGUACAUAACUCAACACAAUGGUAUUGUUUGAUAGCAUAUUUAGAAAAAAAUAUAAAUGACUAUAAUAUAUACUGUAAUAAACCUACAAAUCAAAUUUCAUUUAAUUUAAGUGAGUCAAAUCAAACAAUGGAUGGAUUUUUAACAAAAUUUUAUAAUGAAUUAGAAGAUGGAUCAUUUAAUGAUAAAAAUUUUACAAUAGUUUUAUUUAUGCAAACUGCUUCUCAAAAUGAAAUUGAUAAAAUAGUUAUAAUAAAGAAUUCAAUAACAUCUAUAAAUUAUAACAUUAAAAUUGUUAUCAUAAAGUUAUCCAAAACAGAUUCAUUUAAUUAUUCUUCACUUUCCAAUUCAGUGUUUGGAUUUGAUGAUUCAAAUUUACAAAAUACUGUUACAAAUGCUAUAUGUAAUUAA